CUCCAAUCGCUCGAGGCCGUUCGACAUCCCUAGAAACGCGCAACGCGAGACGACCAUUAGGAUUUCCCAAUUCGUAAUUUAAAUCCUAUAAGGCAGGCUGGUUGGUUCAUGGGCCAAAUUUUCGAUUCUAAUCCAGCAUGCCAAUUUGUAGUAGUCUUCCUUGAGCGAAACGUCCGACGGAACCUUCGCACGGAACAUCGCAUGUUGCCUCUCGCUUUGUCCUCUUAGAUAUUCUACCAUUACCAACUUCCUACAGGUCAACAACUGGCAAUACCUGGCAAUAACUGAUAAAUGAUGGAAGCUACAUUCACUAUCGUUUUUUAAGUGGCUUUGUCUGCCAUUUACCCAUCCGUCUACCACUAAUUCUAUUCUUUUUUACAUUUUACAUUUUCAUAUCUUCCGCAUCCCCAUCCCAUUUUCUCAUCUUAUCGCAUUCGGCUUCUUCAACUUUUCCGUCGCGAUCGAAUAAUCCAACGACCUACACUUUCACCUACCUUUUGCGCCUAUCCCUCCAGCAUCUUCCGUCAUCAUGGAUAUGGUACAGACCCUAGUGCGCUCUGUCGUACGCGCUUUCUAUACCAAUCCCGAGGACCGUAGAAUGAUUAUUAUCAUUGACGCAUUAGUCCGCCAUACAACUUUGCGCGACGACGACUUGUCUUACUUAGUGCACCUCAAUGGGAAAGAUUUGCACAGGGUUUGCGGCAAGCUAAAGGAAGAUCACUUAUUGCAGAUCCAUAUGAGACCUGAGCUCGAAAAAGACAAAGAUAAACCACGAAAUCGAACAUACUAUUACAUCGAUUACCGUCAGGCCAUCGAUGCUAUCAAGUAUAGAACUUUCCUACUCGAUAAGAAAGUUCAAGGCGAAUCAACCCCCCAGCAGGAGAAGAAGGAAUACUUUUGUCCCCUUUGCAAGGCCGAAUGGACUAUGCUCGAUGUUGUUGACAAUAACGAUCCUGUUCGAGGUUUUCUAUGUCACCGCUGCAAUACCGUCCUAGUUUUUGACCCCGAUCGUGAGGCUGGUGGUCACGAGCUCUCCACUCGGCUAAACAGUCAGAUUAAAUUCAUCCUCGAAGUCCUGCCGAAGCUCGACACCAUCACUAUUCCCGACGCCGACUUCGAGACUUUAUAUUCUCAAGCUGCUCCUGUCUACCGCGAUGAAGCUAACAGGGUCGCUCCUUCGAUCGCCGUCGAAUCUCUCGGAAAGCCAACCGCUGUUAAGGGUAUGGCGAAUACCGGUCCACAGACUAUUGCGAUCAGCAUUACGGACACGGAGGGCCCUACCGAAGCUGAAAAGGAGGCUGAACGCGCCCGUAAAGAGGAGGUUGCUCAGAUGAACGCAUUGCCCGAGUGGCACACCCGAAGCACUAUCUCUGGUCUAUCAUUUGGCGGAGGUACCAGCUCAACCUCGGCAGUUAAGACGGAUGACGACAGCGUCAAAAUGCCGGACGAGUCAGCCGGUGACGCUAACCACGAUAAAGCCAUGGAGGAGCUAUUCAAAACAUUACAGAAGUCUCAGGCUGAGGAAGCUAGGCGCAAGGCUGAGAAAGAAGCCGAGGAAGAUGAGGAGGACGGCGAGGAUGACGAGGAGAGUGAGGAUGAAGAGUUCGUGGAAAUCUCCGCAAAUAUCAGCUCUAUCGGCGAGAAGCGCCUCGCUUCGAGCGGUCCCACUAGUGCUGCCGAUACUCCCACCUCGGAAGAUAGGCCUUCAAAGAAGGUCAAACUGGCGGAGCCAACCAACGGUGGCGAAAGCGAGGAUGAGGAGGAUGAGAUGCAAUUCGAGGACGUCUAAGCAAAACUAAUAGGAUUUUAUGUAUGUUGGGUUCGCGGGCACUAGGGUCAAGGAAAGGGGGGGCACGAGAAGCAUAUAGGAGUGCUUCCGUGAGAUUACGAUACCCUAAGUAUAUAUGUAUAGGAAGGCAAGGCAUAGCGUAUUGUCUUUUUGAUUUUUGAGGGUUUCAAUCCCCGCUAGAUAGAUAGGUUAGGUAUGCAUGGGCGAGGCGUCCAAAAAUGAAUAGCAAACAGUUGCAUUUGGAU